CCAUGCGCAUAAUACGAUUCGGGUAUACGCUCAACCUGAAUCUGCUGAUUCCAAUUCAACACUUGCUCAACUUUCACGUUUUGGAUCUGCUUGCUAUCAAUUCACGAGGCCCUACGCAAUGUAUGGGACAACUGUAUUUGCCGUUUCUUUGUUUGCAAGAGUGUUAGUUGAGAACCCACAAUUGUUUAAAUGGUCUCUAUUGUUUAAGGCAUUCCCGGGCUUAAUUGUUAUGAUACUUGGGAACUCCCUUUAUAGUGGCAUUAAUCAGAUUUACGAUGCUGAUAUUGACAGGGUGAAUAAACCUUAUUUACCUAUACCAGCAGGGAAUCUUUCACUAAAACAAGCAUGGUUUUUGAUGACAUUUUAUCUACUAGCUAGUCUAUUGAUUUUGUGGUUGAUGAAUGCUGACUUAAUCACAACAUCUAUCUAUUGUCUUACACUUUUGCUGGACUUUUUCUAUUCUGCCCCUCCAAUUAGAUUCAAAAAAUCUCCUAUUGCAACAUCUAUGGUGAAUUCUGUGUCAGGUGGAAUCCUUCGCGUCAAUGGUGUACUUUAUGCCACCAGAGCUUCCCUUGGAAUUCCAUUUCAAUGGAGUCUCUCAACCGUUUUCAUCUCUGCCUUUUUAACAUCGUUUACUGUGGUCAUUUACAACAUGAAAGAUCUUGCAGAUGUUGAAGGUGAUAUCAUGCAUAAUAUACGAACAUUUCCAACGAUAUAUGGACCUAGAAAUACUACUUUCUUUUGUACGGGGAUACUCUUGGUAAAUUGCAUUGGUGCUAUGGUUCUUGCCUUUAGCAAUCCUCAGGCUUUCAAGCCUUACAUAAUGGUGCCCUUUCACGCUCACAUGGCCUUGUGGGUACUUUUGGAGGUUAGGAAGUUGGACAAAGCAAAUUAUACCAAGGAGGAAAGCGCAAAGUUCUAUCAAUUUCUCUGGAAGUUUAUUAGUUUGGAACUUUUUGUAUAUCCUUUCAUAUAA